AUGGCUCAGGCCAUUGCGCGAAGCGGCUUUGGCUCCCCCCGUGAGGCCAGCAGGAUCCCAAACGAGACUACAGACGAGGAGUUCACAGAAGACUUGGCACCUGGGUCCCCCGUGGGCCGCAGCUCGUCCGGUGGCUUCGUGGCGCCCUCCGCUCCGUCCGCGAGCGUCAUCAAGCUCAGCCCGUCCGGGUCCAUCAUCUUCGGACGUCCGUCCGCGAGCGGCUCCGCGUCGUUGGCCCUCGGAGCGCUGACGUUCGAGUCGUACGCGCGCGUGCACUUUGCGCCCCGGUUCAAAGGCACCUCGUGCCUCGACCGGGUGGAGAUCCCGGUCGCCGAAGUGGUCCAGUUUACCAAGGUGCCCCUGACGGAGCCGCUGCUCGCGCGCAUCCUGGCGUCGCACACGCGCGAGCGCGCGGUGAGCAUGUUCCGGCACCUGAUGUCGUACAUGGGCGAGCUGACGACCAAGCACAGCGGCGUGCACCACGUGCAGGCCAUCCUGGGGAUGGGCAUCAAAGACGUGGACCUGCGCGACGAGAUCUACUGCCACAUCGCCAAGCAAACCAGCGACAACCCCAGCAGGAUGAGCACGGUGCGGGGGUGGCAGGCCCUGGCGCUGUGCCUGGGCACGUUCCCCCCCAGCGCGGGGCUGCAGCCGUACCUGGAGUGCCACAUCGAGUCCGUCAUGCACGGGGCCGCGGCCGGGGGAGCCUUGCCGCGCUUCCGGGGCAGCAGCACCACCGGCGGCGCGACCGCGACGCCGAUCACGCCUGCGGCCGCCGCGCCGUUCUGCCUGGCGCGCAUGCGCAAGCUGAUGCGCACGGGCGCGCGGAAACACGUGCCGCUGCUCGCGGAGAUCUCCGCCGUGGAGAGCAUGGAGCCCGUCAAGAUCCAGCUGCUGCUCCCGGACGACACCACGCAGGAGCUCGCGCUGGAUGCGACCGUCACUGCCGCGGAGGCCGCUCACGAGAUGGCCGCGCAGCUGGGUCUGGGCACCGGGCACAACUACGGCGUCUUCGAAGUGGCCGACGGAUUGGAGAAGCUGCUCCCGGGCACCCGCUUCCUGCUCGACGUCCAGGCGGGCUGGGCCGCGGCCGCGGCCGCGACGCGCGAGGCGCGGCAGCGCAAGCGCACGUUCAGCCUGCCCUUCUCCCGGCACAACUCCCGGGGCUCCACCGGUUCCAGCGCGAGCAGCUCCAGCCACGAAGAGAGUAUGAGCGCGCGUAGCAGCACCAAUUCUCAGACCUCCGACCGCAGCUCGGGGGCGAGGAGCCUGCCCGGGGAGGACGAACCGGGCAAGCAGGCGGUGCUCAUGUUCAAGCGGAAGAUCUUCCUGGGGGACGACCUGGAGGGCCCCGGGGGCGAUGCCCCGGGCACGUCGGAGGGGGACGCGGUGCGCAUGGAGGCGCGCGCGUUUGAGUACACGCAGGCGGUGCACGACGUGAUGGCCGGCGUGUACCCGGUGUCGGAGCAGGACGCGGUGCUGCUGGCCGCACUGCAGCUGCGCGCGGACCUGGGCGACAGCAUCACCCUGCACGCCCUCGAGGACAUUCCGCUGCAGGCCUUCAUUCCGCUGGCCUACUGCGAGCGGCACACGGUGGCGGAGUGGCGCGCGGAGUGCCUGGCCCACAUCGCAUCGCUACCCGCGGAGGGCGACCCUGAGAAGCGGCGCGAGGACUACAUCGCCUUCCUCAAAAGCAGGACCGUGCUCUACGGCUCCACGUGGUUCUUUGCAGAGCAAAAGGCCAACCCGCGGUUUCCCGCGGAGCUGCUGGUGACGAUCAACCGGGACGGCAUCUUCUUCAUCCACACGGUUACGCGCGAGCCGCUGCUGCACGUCACUUUCACCGAGGUCUGCAGCUGGGGCCACUCCAGCUCUUCCUUCAGCCUCGUCACCGGCAACAUGACGUAUAACCAAGACCAUCGGCUAGUGACCCAGCAGGGCGAGGAGAUCGGUGUCGUUAUACAGCACUACAUCAACCAGAUUAAGUUCUGA